AUGGCAACAAAAAUCAUCUACUUCACAGUGAACGGGAGGCCGGAGCAGGCCGAGUUCCCGGUGGACUGCUCGGCCCAGGAUGUCAAAGAUCUGUUCCGCUCUGCAGCCGAGGCCGGACCCCACGACAUCCUGAAGCUGUACAACCCCAAAGGCAACAUCAUCAACAUCUCCCUGAGUCUGGAGCCCAACAGCCCCGACUGCUGCUACAAGCUGGAGGUGGUGGCCGCCGACUGCAACAGUGAGCCCUUAGGUGCGGAGCUGGCCGGAGCGCUGGGAUACGACCUGUCCUCUUUGGAGAAAAGCUCCCUGCUGGUGUGUGGUCUCAGACUGCAGGGCCUGGAGAAGAACAUCCUGAUGGAGGCUGGAGAGACUCCUGCAGCUGUGUAUGAGAUGAAGAAGCAGGUGGAGUCCUUCCAGGAGAAACUAGAGAGCGUGGAGCACCUGAGCUGGCUGGGCCUGUUCAAAGACCUGUCGGAGGGCUCGCACAAGCCCUCCCCCUUCUACCACAAGAGGACGCUGCACAAGACCAGGGCGGAGUGCGAGCAUGUGCGGGAGAAGUUUCUACAAAUGAGCUCCCUGGAGAUGUCCGAGGAAGUGAGGCAGUACCUAAAGACCCCCACCUUCGACAACUGGCAGUGGGAGGAUGCAGAGAUCAUGGUGCUCCUGCAGGUCAUGUACACUGACCUGGACUUCAUCGUGUCCUUCAACAUCGAGCCGGAGGUCCUGCAGCAGUUCCUGUUCGAGGUCUACAGGAGAUACAACAACAUCCCCUUCCACAACUUCAAGCACUGCUUCUGCGUCACGCAGAUGAUGUACGGUCUGAUCUGGCUCACGGACCUGAAGAGCAAGAUGGACGCCGUGGACCUGCUGGUCAUGCUGACCUCUGCCCUCUGCCACGACCUCGACCACACGGGCUACAACAACGCCUACCAGAUCAACGCUCGCACCGACCUCGCCCUCCGCUACAACGACAUCUCUCCACUGGAGAACCACCACUGUGCCGUAGCCUUUGAGAUCCUAGAGAAGACGGAGAGCAACAUCUUCAGAAACCUGUCCAUGGAUCAGUACAAGCGGAUACGAGAAGGGAUCAUCAAGUGCAUCCUGGCCACCGACAUGACGCGGCACAACGAGGUGCUCAACCAGUUCAAGUCCAUCCUGCCGACCUUUGACCUCACCAACAAGGACCACAGAGACGUGCUGAUGAUGGUUCUGAUCAAAGUGAGCGACAUCUCCAACGAGGCGCGGCCCAUGGAGGUGGCCGAGCCCUGGCUGGACUGCCUCCUGCAGGAGUUCUACAACCAGAGUGACAAGGAGAAGCUGGAGGGUCUUCCCAUCACCCCCUUCAUGGACCGGGACAAAGUCACCAAGCCCUCCUCUCAAACUGGCUUCAUCAGAUUUGUCCUUUUGCCCCUCUUCAUCGAGCUGGCCAACCUCUUCCCCUGCUUGGAGCAACACCUCAUCGACCCGGUCCGGAAGGCUCUGGAUUACUACACGGAGAUGGAGAAGGCUCUGGAGAGGGAGAAACAGAACCGGGCUCAGAGUGACAGCGCCGUGAAGAGCCCACAGAGCGCAGCUCUCCCGGAGGCCGGGCCCGAAGCCUCGGAACCAGAACCACAGUGAGCUCCGGCCUCAGGACCGGGCCUGUUGCCUGAAGACUGUAUGACGUUAGACCGAUUUAAAUGUAUUUCACCUGAAUGUGUACUUCUACCCGUUUAUCUACCGGGUCAAGCACAAGUACUGCAUGUGGUUCUGAUCCGCUUUGUGUUGUGGUUUUGGUGAAUGCAGUUCAAACUAAAUGGAAUGACGUGGAAGCUAGUCUUUACUCCAUGAGCUAAAAACUCAUUUUCAACAAUAACACUUAAAAAAUAAAAAAAAUCUUAAAGGCACAGUGCAACAUAUUCACCUAAAUUAUAUUUCAUG